GUGAGUCGAGAGGAGCCCAGUGGGGUCUAAAGAGGAAGCCGGCGAUCUAGGACUGGUGCCAGGCCGGGCAGAGAGUCGGAGGAGGGUUUAAAGCCAGGUGCGCCGAGUCAGCUCGCCAUGUCCAGAUCCGGGGACAGGACCUCCACCUUCGACCCCAGCCACAGCGACAACCUGCUGCACGGCCUCAAUCUGCUGUGGAGGAAGCAGCUGUUUUGCGACGUGACCCUGACGGCCCAGGGCCAGCAGUUCCACUGCCACAAGGCCGUGCUGGCCUCCUGCUCACAGUACUUCCGAUCGCUCUUCUCCAGCCACCCCCCUCUCGGGGGAGGGGUCGGCGGCCAGGACGGUCUGGGGGCCCCCAAGGACCAGCAGCAGCAGCAGCCGCCGCAGCAGCAGCCGCCACAGCAGCCGCAGCAGCCGCCGCAGGAGGAGCCCGGGACUCCUUCCUCCUCCCCCGACGACAAGCUGCUGACCAGUCCCCGGGCCAUCAACAACCUGGUGCUGCAGGGCUGCUCGUCCAUCGGGCUGCGCCUGGUGCUCGAGUACCUCUACACGGCCAACGUGACCCUCUCCCUGGACACGGUGGAGGAGGUGCUGUCGGUCAGCAAGAUCUUGCACAUCCCCCAGGUCACCAAGCUCUGCGUGCAGUUCCUCAACGACCAGAUCUCGGUACAGAACUACAAGCAGGUGUGCAAGAUCGCCGCGCUGCACGGCCUGGAGGAGACCAAGAAGCUGGCCAACAAGUACCUGGUGGAGGAUGUGUUGCUGCUCAACUUCGAGGAGAUGCGCGCCCUGCUGGACUCGCUGCCGCCCCCCGUGGAGUCGGAGCUGGCGCUCUUCCAGAUGUCCGUGCUGUGGCUGGAGCACGACCGCGAGACCCGCAUGCAGUACGCGCCCGACCUCAUGAAGCGCCUCCGCUUCGCGCUCAUCCCGGCCCCGGAGCUGGUGGAGCGGGUCCAGUCGGUGGAUUUCAUGCGCACCGACCCGGUCUGCCAGAAGCUGCUGCUGGACGCCAUGAACUACCACCUGAUGCCCUUCAGGCAGCACUGCAGGCAGAGCCUGGCCAGCAGAAUUCGCUCUAACAAGAAAAUGCUGUUACUGGUUGGAGGCCUGCCUCCUGGGCCGGACCGGCUUCCCAGCAAUUUGGUGCAGUACUACGAUGAUGAUAAGAAGACGUGGAAAAUACUCACAAUUAUGCCGUACAACAGUGCCCACCACUGCGUUGUGGAGGUAGAAAACUUCCUGUUUGUGCUGGGUGGAGAGGACCAAUGGAACCCCAACGGAAAACACAGUACAAAUUUUGUCAGUCGAUACGAUCCUCGAUUUAAUAGCUGGAUACAACUUCCACCCAUGCAAGAAAGAAGAGCCAGUUUCUAUGCAUGUCGGCUGGACAAGCAUUUAUACGUUAUUGGCGGAAGGAACGAAACCGGCUAUUUGUCCAGCGUGGAGAGCUAUAACCUAGAAACGAACGAAUGGCGCUAUGUGUCGUCUUUGCCCCAGCCUCUGGCUGCUCACGCGGGAGCGGUGCACAAUGGGAAAAUAUACAUUUCAGGGGGUGUGCACAAUGGAGAAUAUGUCCCGUGGCUAUAUUGCUAUGACCCUGUAAUGGAUGUCUGGGCUCGAAAACAAGAUAUGAACACAAAACGCGCCAUCCACACUUUGGCUGUAAUGAAUGAUCGCUUGUACGCAAUUGGAGGAAAUCAUUUGAAAGGUUUCUCUCACCUUGAUGUAAUGCUUGUGGAAUGCUAUGACCCAAAAGGUGACCAGUGGAAUAUUCUCCAAACUCCUAUUUUGGAAGGUCGAAGUGGCCCUGGCUGUGCGGUUCUGGAUGACAGCAUCUACCUUGUGGGGGGCUAUAGCUGGAGUAUGGGGGCCUACAAGUCCUCCACAAUAUGCUACUGUCCGGAAAAAGGGACCUGGACAGAACUGGAAGGAGAGGUAGCGGAGCCGCUGGCGGGCCCGGCCUGCGCCCCGGUUAUCCUGCCCGCCUGUGUACCUUACAGCAAAUAACGCCCCGGAGCCCUGGAAGGAACACUCUCACAUUCUAGGAAACAGCGACAGGUGUCAUCCUUAUUAUACUAGGAACAGUGCAUUCUAAUGGUACAACUGCCGAAACCCAGCCUCGGUUUCUAAUGAUUUACAAGUAACGACAAAAGAAAAAGACCCAUGCUUGAACAGAUACUGUGUCUGCGACUCGGAUCACGCCAAACUUCCUGUGGUGACAGACUCUUCCAUUUCGGACUGGUUUUAACUUGCCCCAGCUUUUCAAAAACUCCUCGCGUGGAUCUUGACUUUCAAAAGGUGAAAGAUAAAAUGCAGAAGAGUGCCCCAGAGAGACCGAAGAUGAGUAUUGUGCAUUGUAGUCUACCCGCAUGUGACCUAUGUUGAAGUUUUGGGGAUAUUGUGUUCAUGAAUGAUCCAGAAUUUGACCCACUAAAAUACUUACACUGCAUUACAGAAAUUGCCACUUGAUUCUAUAUUCCUAACCUGUGGCUACUUCACAGACUCCAUAGGCAACGCAGUUAUAGAAAAGCAUAUAGGAUUAAAGGGAAACAUGUUUGUUUCUAUAUAACUUCAUGUCAUGUACCGUCUGCCCCUUACAGCACCUCAUGGUAUCACAGAAGAUGAAGAUGUCGCUCUUGCAGCAAUUGCUUUCUGCCCUGUGGGUUCUAAGCUAGCCGAUCAUAAUUUGUGUCCUCAAUUUUAUAUGAAAGAUUAAAAGAACAUAAACUCCUAUGUCACUAUUCCUUCCACAGAAGCUCAUGUGUUCUCACUUUUUUUUUUAUAUAUUAAAAAGUAGUGAACACACCUGUUAUUUCCUUCAAAAGGUAGGACUGACAAAAGUUUUUGUACAAUAUUGAAGAGCUUCUGUGAGAUAUCACAUCUGACCCAAACUUAACCUAUGAUGAAACUGGGAGAUUGUUUUCAGGAAUUCAGGGAUGAAAAGAAAGAAUAAUUUCUUCUAACUGUUAUCCCCGUUGUCUCUCUGUCCCUAAAACAUACCACUUAAAAGAGCCACAGGAAUGAAUAACAGCUCUUAACAAAUAUUUCUCCCUCUUCUUCACCUUUGGCUCUAGAAAUGCCUCUGGAUUUGGCUCUAGGAAAGCACAUGACUUACCCUGAUUAUUCUCCAACUCAUCAUAUUUGUUCGUUAUCACCAAAGAUGCCUGAGAUCAGUUAGUUGAACAAUUGCUAGUUGACUUUAGAAGCAUGAGGAAUUUAGGAGCAGAAGGUCAGGAGAGCAUGAGAUAGUUUCCAGUGCGACCAAUCAAAGGAGCAAAACUGGAAGGAAUGUGAAUUUGAUUUUUAAGCCCUUCAGAGCUGAAACUACAACAGUUAAGACUAAAUAAUAGCCUAAAAUAUUUUUAAAUCACCCAGAGGUGUUGUUGAAUCCCUCCACAAAGGUGUCAUUCAAAACGACAACAUGGGGAAGCCACAGAUUGAAAAUGCCUUGGUAAUAAGCUUUCGCCGUGGAGCAUGUCAAGAUAGAUGGGUGUCCUGGAAUCCAAUGCCGUUUCUACUGUAAAGUGCAAUCUUCGUUGUUUUUGUAUUUAUUUGUAUGUUCAGAUCCAAAGGAUCCGUUGUAAAAAUAUAUAUAUAAAUAUAUAUAUAUAUGUAUCCAGUGCAAUCAACUUUCAUUUCUUUUUCCUUGAAAACAUGAUAUAUAGGAAAGAAAAGUUACAGUACUUGGGGAAAAUCUUAGCUGACGUCACAAAGAGAACAAGGUCUGCUUCAGAACCUUUUAUUGUCAACUGUCACCAUUUCUUCCAAAAGUCACAGUUUAUACAAGGAUAUUCACUUUCCUUAGAUUUGUUCUUCAUUUAUUUUUUAUUUCUAGCCAAAAUAAAUAAGAGCAUUUAUAAGAACUAUAAGUAAAGCUUUCUGUAUUUCAGAAAGGCACAAACUAUUAGAAGUGAAAAGUGAGUAAGUAAGUCUGAGUAAGUAAGUCAGAGAGAUUGUAAAUUUUGUACAGUAUUAGAAUGUGUAAAUGAAGCUUGCUUGGAAGGGGAAAACUUUAAAUAAAAACUUUAUGUACUAAUU